UCACUGAGUUCAGGGCCAGCAGCAUGUAACCAGCCACACAGAGAGGGGGCGCUGUUUCCCUACUGCACUGAUGCAUAAAGCAACCUAAACACUGGAACUGCACCUCCACAAUCUCACCAGCAGAGGGCGCCGUGCCCUUCACAGACUUAAAUCUUUCUUCUCCAUCAAUAUCAAGCUGGUUCGGUUCGGUUCGGUUCGGACCGGGAAGCAGGAGGAUCAGUUGGUACCGAUCUAAGUAAAACCCGAAGCAGAACUGGGCAGCAAUGGCGCUUUAACCUGGAAUAAAACCACCAAGAUGUGAGCCGAGUGAAGUUAAUGGUUUAUUACAAACCAGCCACUAAAAUGCAGCGGCCAUGUUUCACUUUAGAGUCAAUGAAAGGUUUGUGGAGAAGAAGCUGCAAACAGAGAGGCGGUCCUCUCCGGAACCGGCCGGUCGGUCCUCCCCCGCCACCGGAACCGGCCGGUCGGUCCUCCCCCGCCACCGGAACCGGCCGCCUGCCCUGCAGACCAGCUGAGGUUUUGUGUGAAACUUCUAACAGAACCUCGGUUCCGUUCUGCGAAAACCAAACCACGUUCGGGUGUCUGGAUCUGCUCGGAACCAGAAACCAGAAUAUCGACCUGUAACCCACUGUGGUUCAUCUCAUUUGGACCAGAACCAGUGAUCCAAACCCGGAGAAUCCACCUCUACUCUGGACCUGGUUCCGACCAGAACUUGGAUCAUCGACAGCUGCUCCUCGAGAGGCUUUUAUUAUGAAAACCUCCCAGGAAGUUGAGUCUGCAGCCCUCGGAACUGUUCGGCCAAGUUCGGCUCCGCUCGGUUUAUUUUCAUCUCCGCCUCCAGCUGAGCGGAGCGACAAGAAGUUCGGACACCGAGGAGCCCAGAGCUGCCGCGCAGCCGAACCGAACCAGGAACUGGACCUGGACCACAGUGACACCACGGCGGAACCGGGACCAGCGCGGUGAGCGGACCGGGACCGGAACGGAAUCGAAGACGGCGUCAUUCAUCUCCAGAAGUCAGGGAGGUUCGGGUCGGACAGGCGGUUCGGGGCAGCAGAACCGUGUCAAAGUGGACCGCCGGCGGCUGCAGACAGAACCAUGUACCAAGUCCAGGAGAGCCGCCCCCUGCUGAGCCCCUCCAUCGAUGACUUCCUGGCAGAGAGCCGCAGCGAGGCCGCCUGCGGACGACCCCCGACCUCCAACCCCGCAGUUCUGUCCACGGCUCUGGACCUGGUGGACCUGAGCGACCCGGCAGAGACCCGGCACCACCGGGUCGCCAAGAGUCCAGUGAGGAGGACGGCCGGGUCCAGGAGCCCCCGGCACAAGACUAGAACCAGAACCGAGGAGACGGAGCUGGUCCCGGUCCAGUUGGAGCGCCGGCCUGCCGGGCCCGGAACCCCUGACAGGACGUCCCUGGACUCGGUCAGCCUGUCCUCUCCUCUGGACAAGUGGGACGAGAUGGACCUGGACCUGGAGGACGGGGGACGGCGCAGACGCUGCCAGGCCAGAUGCACCUCCCACCACUCCUCCAGCGAGUUGCUAUGGUCUGCAGAGUUUAGGAGAGAUCCUCUGAUGAAGAGCAGCUUGGACGAUCUGGACUUCUUAUCUCAGAACCAGGACAGCAGCGUGUCCAGACUCCGCAGACGGACUCGCUCUCUGCUGGCCAGGAACGAGUCCCUGGAGGACGAGUUCGUCCGUGCAAAGGCGGCUGUUGAGUCGGACACAGAGUUCUGGGACAAGAUGCAGGCGGAGUGGGAGGAGCUUGCUCGCAGGGACUGGCUGGAGGAGGCGGCGAGCCAGCAGAAGCCGGCCUCGCCCCCCGUCUCACCUGUGGAGAAGGGUUACCUGUUCAGCGCCACCAACCCGUACCUUGACUGGCCCAACGCCUUCGCUGAGGGUCAGGAGAAAGCUGGAGAGGGAGACCUGAACGCUGCCGUCCUGCUGCUGGAGGCGGCCAUCUUGCAGGACCCCGGUGACGCCGAGGCGUGGCAGAUGCUGGGAACGACUCAGGCUGAGAACGAGAACGAACAAGCCGCCAUCGCCUCGCUGCAGAGGUGUCUGGAGCUCCGCCCCAACAACCUGCCGGCCCUCAUGGCGCUCGCCGCCAGCCUCACCAACAGCAGCCAGCUGCCGGAGGCCUGCGACGCUCUGCGCCGCUGGAUCGGCCACAACCACAGAUACCGACACCUGGUCCAGAGCAGGAGUCCGCUACGGGGUUCCCCAGCCACACCACGCAGGGGCCCCAGCGGCUCCACACCCGCAAGCUCGGCGCUGCAGGAAGUUCUGCUGCUCUUCCAGGAAGCGGCGCAGCUGAACGUGGAUAACGUGGAUCCGGACCUGCAGACCGGACUCGGAGUUCUGUACAACCUGAGCUCAGAGUUUGAUCGGGCGGUGGAGGCGUUCAGCGCCGCGCUGUCCGUCAGACCGCAGGACUACCUGCUGUGGAACCGGCUGGGAGCGACGCUGGCUAACGGCAGCCGCAGCGCCGAGGCGGUGGAGGCGUACAGCCGCGCGCUGGAGCUGCGGCCCGGCUUCAUCCGCUCCCGGUACAACCUGGGCAUCAGCUGCAUCAACCUGGGCGCGCUCAGGGAGGCUGUCAGUAACUUCGUCACGGCUCUGAAGCAGCAGAGGUGCAGCCAGGGCUGCAGCCAGCUGCAGAUGUCCACCAACAUCUGGGCCGCCCUGCGGAUCGCCGUCUCCAUGAUGGACGACCCCGGGUUGGACCGGGCCGCCAGCCUGGGGGACCUGGACCUGCUGACCAGAACCCUGGAGGGCGGAGACCUGUGACCGGGUCAGAGGUCACAGGACGAGAACGCCGCUGCACCUGAAGCACAACCCUUUAACCUGGAGGACCUUCUGCUGGAGCUCCGCCCCCUGACCUCUGACCUGUCAGCAGAGCUAUUUUCUCUCCUUCUGUAUCUAAAUGUCAGAGGAAGUCCUGCGCCUUCAGCCUGACCUCUGACCCCGUCAGCAGCUCCAAGCUGAGCGGAUUGUAGCGCAGACGUGGGAUCAGAACGAAGAAGAGUUUGUAUUAAUAGCAGCGGCGUUUAGUACGGAGGCCUAGAGGGGACAUGGGGACGCAGUGACGUCCUGCUCAGUUAUGACUAGAGAUGUGCCGAUCAGGGUUUUUCCUGCCGAUACCGAUCAACCAUGAGGGCCGAUCACCGAUACCGAUCA